UUUUGCUUGUUUUUAGUCAUGUUUCAGAUAUGUUGUUUUAUGGAAGACACAUUUGUCAACUUGAGUUGCUAAAUAAAUGUGCUAUACAAAUAAACGAAACGUGUACAACCAGUGGAAUGCUGCUGAUGAUGGCGCGUACGUGCUCGUUGCCACGGAAACGAGAUGCAGGCAGGAGGCUCAUUUCAAAGCAUCUCCGGUCGCGCAGCCAUCCCACCAAGCUACAUUUCAUCCCGAAAGAGGCAAUGGCGUCCAAAGGAGGAUUUUCUUACUGAAAUAUGAUAAUCGACUGUGAAGAAACGGAAAACAAGCGGUACGUGCUUCUAUUCGCAUGAAUGAUACAGACCCUACAUUUUAUGCGCAUUUUGCGCGUUGCGUGAUGUUAGCAUGCGCUGUUUUAAUCAUCUCAUUUAUUGAGCGGCUACAACUGGAAGCUGGCUGCACGUUUGUCGUCAUUAAAUGUUUGUUGAAUCGCGACAGUACUGAUCCCAUAAUGAGCAAAGACAUCAUCCUGUAAUGGCGACCAGAUGUCAGGUGAAGUCCAAUAUGAAGAGUAUGGAGCAAGAAUUGCUGUGUCCUGUGUGCAAGCACAUUGUAAAACAACCAAUAGUGCUUCCCUGCCUGCACAGCGUGUGUUUAAUGUGUGCCUCCGAGGUGCUGGUUCAGAGCGGGUACCCCCAGCCGGAGCUCCCUCCGGAGCCCAACUCACCCGCUUCCACACCAAACACACGAUCCCCUCGCCAGAUGCGCAGACCUAUGCCCAAAUCUGACCGCGUUGACCGGUUGCUGCGCUCAGGUUCUGGGACGUACCCAGGUCGCAGGCGAAAGGAGGGUCCUCCAACACUCAUGCGCUUCCCUUGCGUCCCCUGUGGCCGAGAUGUGGAAUUAGGUGAGAGGGGGUUGGCGGAGUGCAUGAGGAAUCUCACACUGGAGAGGAUCGUUGAAAGGUACAGGCACACAGUAAGUUUGGGCAGUGUUGCUGUCAUGUGUCAAUUCUGUAAACCGCCUCAGGCCCUGGAGGCCACUAAAGGUUGUGCUGACUGCAGAGCAAGCUUCUGUAAUGAGUGUUUUAAACUCUAUCACCCCUGGGGCACUCCCCGCGCCCAGCAUGAACAUGUUCAGCCCACCUUAAACUUCAGGCCAAAGGUGUUGACAUGCCCAGAACACGAUCAGGAGAAGCUGCAGUUCUACUGUAAGUCCUGUCAGAUGCUUCUCUGUGCCCUCUGCAAGCUGCGGAGAGUUCACACAGGUCACAAGAUCGCACCCGUCACCCAGGCCUAUCAGACUCUUAAGGACAAGAUAACCAAGGAGAUGAAUUACAUAAUGUCCAAUCAGGACAUGGUGUUGACUCAGAUCACACAGCUGGAGAACGCCAUCACUCAAACCGAGGUAAACAGCGUAUCGGCCAAAGAGCAGCUCUCUCACUGCGUGAAGGAGAUCAUGGCAUUGCUAACCGAGCGGCAGGCGAUGCUGGCCCAGGCUCUGGAAAGCUCACGGCAGAGAAGGGCGGAGGCAUUGUCCGAUCAGGUGGCAGAAAAACGCAGUAUGCUGGAGCACGCCAGCCUGAUGGCUUUUACUCAAGAGCUGCUUAAAGAAAAUGACCCGUCCAGCUUUGUUCAUGCAGCCAGGAUGACGCAUAACAGAUUGGCCCAGUCCAUUGAAUCUAUGCAGCGUUUCUCUCUUUCAGCGGAUCCUUCGUUCCGUCACUUCCAACUUGAUGUUUCGAGAGAGCUCAAACUCCUCACAGACCUGAACUUUAUUCAGGCCCCUCACGCACCUGUGAUCGACACCCAGCGGACUCUUGCGUACGAUCAGCUCUUUCUGUGUUGGCGCUUGCCACAAGACUCCACUCCCGCCUGGCAUUUCUCGGUGGAAUUCCGUCGGCGUGGGGUGGUGCCAGGGGGCGGGGCUAGAGGUGGUAUCCGCGGGGGAUUGGCCGCUGCUCGCUGGGGCUGGCAGAGGUUGGACGAGGUGACCGGGACCUGUGCAGUAAUCGACAGACUGGAGAUGGACAGUGUUUACGUCCUGAGGGUCAGAGGCUGCAAUAAGGCGGGCUUCGGUGAAUAUAGCGAGGAAGUAUAUUUACACACACCGCCAGCUCCAGUGUUGAAUUUUUACCUGGACUCUCGCUGGGGUCUGCACGCGGACAGACUGGUGGUGAGUAAGGAACAGCGUUGCGCCCGCAGCAUUCCCGGACUUUCCCUGCUGCAGGGCGCCGACCGGACGCUCACUUCCUGUCACCUGACUGCAGACUUGCUGGUGGGUGAUGUGGCCAUAACUCAGGGCCGACACUAUUGGGCGUGUUCAAUUGAGCCCGGCUCCUACCUGGUCAAGGUUGGUGUAGGUUCCGAAUCCAAACUUCAAGAAUGGUUUCAUCUUCCCCAGGACAUGGCAAGCCCACGAUAUGAUCCUGACAGUGGCCAUGACAGCGGGGCAGAAGAUUCGUCUGAUUCCCCUCCACCCUUCUCUUUCCUCACAAUGGGCAUGGGUAAAAUCUACCUGCCCCCCUCUGCCAACUCCCAUCAGGGAAAUGCCAAUUACAGAGAGUCCGGCUUUACCAACGGCCCUUCAUCUCCGACCGGUGUGACCUAUCCUCUGCCUCCGAGGCUGGGAGUGUGUCUUGAUUUUGAGAAAGGGCGUGUCACGUUUUAUGAUGCCCACUCUCUCCGCCCACUCUGGGAGGGACCCGUGGACUGCUCCGCCCCUGUGUGCCCCGCAUUCUGUUUCAUUGGAGGCGGAGCUAUACAGCUACAGGAACUGGUAGCUAAUCGCAAUGCGAAUCAAACCCCUGUAAGGAGAGUCACCAUUCAAUCACGCGUUACUAAACUGAACUGAGGUGACUGUAAUGCCAUACCAGAGCCUUUUAUAUUGCAGUUUUAAGGUUUUUAAUUGUAUCCCACAUGAAAUAUGUAUGCUUAUUUCUUUUUAUCUGACAUUAUCUUUAUAAGAGGCCUUUAUUGCUGCACUGCUUGCCUGCUUGCCGAAUUAUAAAUUCCUUCCAAUGAUUUAAUAGAUGCCACGUAUAUGAAAGUAGUUAAAAUUGCAUACCCAGACAUACACUCACCUAAAGGAUUAUUAGGAACACCAUACUAAUACUGUGUUUGACCCCUUUUCGCAUUCAGAACUGCCUUAAUUCUACGUGGCAUUGAUUCAACAAGGUGUUGAAAGCAUUCUUUAGAAAUGUUGGCCCAUAAUGAUAAGAUAGCAUCUUGCAGUUGAUGGAGUUUGUGGGAUGCACAUCCAGGGUAUGCAGCUCUCGUCCACCAUAUCCCAAAGAUACUCUAUUGGGUUGAGAUCUGGUGACUGUGGGGGCCAUUUUAGUACAGUGACUCAUUGUCAUGUUCAAGAAACCACUUCGAAAUGAUUCGAGCUUUGUGACAUGGUGCAUUAUCCUGCUGGAAGUAGCCAUCAGAGGAUGGGUACAUGGUGGUCACAAAGGGAUGGAAAUGAUUAGAAACAAUGCUCAGGUAGGCCGUGGCAUUUCAACGAUGCCCAACUGGCACUAAGGGGCCUAAAGUGUGCCAUGAAAACAUCCCCCACACCAUUACACCACCACCACCAGCCUGCACAGUGGUAACAAGGCAUGAUGGAUCCAUGUUCUCAUUCUGUUUACGCCAAAUUUUGACUCUACCAUCUGAAUGUCUCAACAGAAAUCGAGACUCAUCAGACCAGGCAACAUUUUUCCAGUCUUCAACUGUCCAAUUUUGGUGAGCUCGUGCAAAUUGUAGCCUCUUUUUCCUAUUUGUAGUGGAGAUGAGUGGUACCCGGUGGGGUCUUCUGCUGUUGUAGCCCAUCCGCCUCAAGGUUGUGCGCGUUGUGGCUUCACAAAUGCUUUGCUGCAUACCUCGGUUAUAAUGAGUGGUUAUUUCCGUCAAAGUUGCUCUUCUAUCAGCUUGAAUCAGUCGGCCCAUUCUCCUCUGACCUCUAGCAUCGACAAGGCAUUUUCACUCACAGGACUGCCGCAUACUGGAUGUUCUUCCCUUUUCACACCAUUCUUUGUAAACCCUAGAAAUGGUUGUGCGUUAAAAUCCCAGUAACUGAGCAGAUUGUGAAAUACUCAGACUGGCCUGUCUGGCACCAACAACCAUGCCACGCUCAAAAUUGCUUAAAUCACCUUUCUUUCCCAUUCUGACAUUCAGUUUGGAGUUCAGGAGAUUGUCAUAAACCUGGACCACACCCCUAAAUGCAUUGAAGCAACUGCCAUGUGAUUGGUUGAUUAGAUAAUUGCAUUAAGGAGAAAUUGGACAGGUGUUCCUAAUAAUCCUUUAGGUGAGCGUAUAUGUGUGACCUUAGACCACAAUACAUAUGUGGUUGCGUAUGAAACCCUUGUUCCCUGGGAAGUAGUGACACUAUGGCGAUGCAGCGCAAGUUCCCUCGAAAGGGAACCAGUCAAAAGGGUAAAUUUUUUGAAAUUGAGAUUUAUACACCAUCUGAAAUAAGCUUUCCAUUGAUGUAUAGUUUAUACAAACUAACUAUUGAGAAAAUCGCCUUUAAAGUUGUCCAAAUAUAGCAACACAUAUUCCUACAUUUUUAAUAUAUUUACAGUAGGAAACAUACUAUCCUAAUGAUUUUUGGCAUAAAAGAAAAAUCUGUAAUUUUGAAUCAUACAAUGUAUUUUUGGCUUUUGCUACAAAUAUACCCGUACUACUUAUGACUGGUUUUGUGGUCCAGGGUCACAUAUACAGGAUAUAUAUUUAGCAUAUAUGCAAAAAAUUUAGAUUUACCCACCUGGCCAACUCACUGUAUCAGUGUUGUUGUCUUUAAGUUUUUAUAUUUGCUAAUUAAUCUCCAAAUAGAGCCGAAACUCCAGACUGUUACACAAGGCCUAAUUUUGUAACCCAAAUUACAUGGAUAACAUCUGC